AUGAUCCAUGUCAUACCCAAGUGCUCCACAGCAAACCUUAUCGAACACUCUCUUCCAACAAUUCUCCUUCGCUAUUUUUCCCAAACUCUAACAUUUCCCUCUCACUCUUCCUCUCCCCAUGCCCCUCAACCUCACCCUUCUGCUGAAAUCUUCAAAUCAGGUACUCAAAUGGGUUCUUACAAAUUGGGCGAUUUGUCUUUCUAUUCUCUCAUUCGGAACCACGCCUCUUCCCUCGAUUUUGUGUCCCUGGAAGAGGUCCUUCAUCAAAUGAAGCGCGAAAGAAGGAAUUUUUUAGAGAAGAAUUUCAUUGUUAUUUUCAAAGCUUAUGGGAAGGCUCAUUUGCCUGAGAAAGCUGUGGACUUGUUCCACAGAAUGGGGGGUGAGUUUCAGUGUAAACAAACUGUGAAAUCAUUCAAUUCGGUUCUCAAUGUUGUUAUUCAAGAGGGUCUUUUCAAUCGUGCAUUGGAGUUUUACUCACAUGUUGUUGCAUCCAAGAAUUACAUACACCCAAAUGCACUUACUUUUAACUUGGUCAUUAAGGCCAUGUGUAGGCUUGGUUUGGUUGAUCAAGCAGUCGAGGUUUUUAGAGAGAUUCCAUUAAGUAAUUGUGCUCCCGAUGCUUAUACAUAUUCUACAUUGAUGCAUGGCUUGUGCAAGGAAGGUAGAAUCGACGAGGCGGUUUCAUUGUUGGAUGAAAUGCAAGUUGAGGGCACCUUCCCUAACCCAGUUGCGUUUAAUGUGUUGAUCAGUGCAUUGUGUAAGAAGGGUGACUUGGCACGUGUGACCAAGCUUGUUGAUAAUAUGUUUCUCAAGGGUUGUGUCCCAAAUGAAGUGACCUAUAAUGCACUUGUUCAUGGCUUGUGCCUCAAGGGAAAGUUGCAGAAGGCAGUGAGUCUGUUGAAUAGGAUGGUAUUGAAUAAGUUUGUACCUAAUGAUGUUACUUUUGGAACCCUUAUUAAUGGGUUUGUUAAGCAAGGUAGAGCCUCUGAUGGGGCUCGAGUUCUGGUGUCCUUGGAAGAGAGAGGCCAUUGUGGUAACGAGUAUGUCUACUCAGCCCUUAUCAGUGGCCUGUGCAAGGAGGGAAAAUUCAAUCAUGCAAUGGAGUUGUGGAAGGAAAUGGUUGGAAAGGGAUGUGAACCAAAUACUGUUGUUUAUAGUGCUCUUAUUGAUGGUCUUUGCCGAGAAGGGAAGUUAGAUGAAGCAAGGCAGGUCUUAUCUGAAAUGAAGAGUAAAGGUUACUUGCCCAAUUCUUUCACUUACAGUUCCCUAAUGAGGGGUUAUUUUCAAGCAGGCAUUAGCCAUAAAGCUAUUCUAGUUUGGAAAGAGAUGGCAGACAAUAAUUGUAAUCAUAAUGAGGUUUGUUAUAGUAUACUCAUUAAUGGCUUGUGCAAGGAUGGGAAGCUUAUGGAGUCUUUAAUGGUGUGGAAGCAAAUGCUGAGUAGAGGAAUUAAAUUAGAUGUUGUGGCUUACAGUUCAAUGAUUCAUGGCUUUUGUAAUGCUAACUUAAUAGAACAGGGCCUGAAACUUUUCAAUCAGAUGCUUUGUCAAGAGAAGGAGGUACAGCCAGAUGUGAUCACAUAUAACAUAAUUUUAAAUGCUUUUUGCAUGCAUAAUAGUAUCUCUCGAGCCAUUGAUAUUCUGAACAUUAUGCUAGAUCAAGGUUGUGAUCCUGAUUUUAUUACAUGUGACAUUUUCUUGAAAACUUUAAGGAAAAAUGUGAACCCACCUCAAGAUGGUAGGGAGUUUCUAGACGGGCUUGUAGUAAGAUUAGUUAAGCGCCAAAGAACAAUAGGUGCUUCCAAAGUUAUGGAAGUGAUGCUACAUAAAUUUUUGCUGCCAAAAGCCUCUACUUGGGCAAUGAUUAUUCAGCAGCUCUGCAAACCUAACAAUGUUCGAAAAGCCAUCAGUGAAUGUUGGACCAGGCUAAGUUGCUGA